GCCCACCGCUCUGUUAAAAAAGGCAACGGGAAAUUGAUAGAUCGAGGCUGAGGGCCGAGGGAGGGAGGAGGAGGGAUGCCGGGAAGCCACGAUUACCGCUCGAGAUCCGCCAAGCCGGUCACCAUCCAUGGCUGCGCCCAGUCCGGGGACUUCGCCGGCUUCCAGAAGUGCCUCAAUGACAACCCCUCGCUGAUCAACGCCAGAAACGCAGUCAUGUCACAAACACCUCUUCAUGUGGCAGCCGGAUAUAACAAUACCAGAAUUGUAAAAUACCUUCUCGAGUGGAAAGGUCUUGAGAAAGUUGAGUUAGAGGCAAAAAACAUGUAUGGUGAAACACCAUUACAUAUGGCAGCAAAAAAUGGUUGUAGUGAAUCUGCAAGACUCCUGCUGGCGCAGGGUUCUUCGCUGGAGGCAAAAGCCAAUAAUGGGAUGACUCCACUACAUUUGGCUGUUUGGCAUGCACUGCGGGCAGAAGAUUGUAGUACCGUGAACACAUUAUUGGAAUACAGUGCUGAUUGUAGUGUCAAAGACAAUGAGGGUAUGACCCCUUUAAAUCAUCUAUCAGAUGGUGCUAGUAGUGAGAAACUUCGAGUAAUCCUUAUGAAGCACAUGGAGGAGCAAAGGAAGCGCAAAGCUAUUGAGUCAUGUAGUCAAGCAAAAGCUAAAAUGGAUGAGUUUGAAGUAGCUAUUUCAGGUAUUGUAGGGUUGCAUGAUCUCAAAAUGCAAUUGCGCAGAUGGGCAAGGGGCAUGCUUUUUGAUGAGAAGAGAAGAGCAUUUGGAUUACAUAUAGCUCCCAGAAGGCCCCCACAUAUGGCUUUCCUUGGUAACCCUGGAACAGGUAAAACAAUGGUUGCUCGUGUUCUUGGUAAACUCCUUCAUAUGGUGGGAAUUUUAUCUACUGAUAAAGUUACAGAAGUGCAAAGAACUGACCUAGUUGGAGAAUUCGUGGGGCACACGGGACCAAAAACCAGACGAAAGAUAAGUGAAGCAGAGGGAGGAAUUCUUUUUGUAGAUGAAGCUUACAGAUUGAUUCCAAUGCAAAAAACAGAUGAUAAGGACUAUGGCCUGGAGGCCCUAGAAGAGAUCAUGUCUGUAAUGGACAGUGGUAAAGUGGUGGUGAUUUUUGCAGGGUACUCAGAACCAAUGAAACGCGUGAUCGAGUCAAACGAAGGUUUUUGCAGGAGGGUAACUAAGUUCUUUCAUUUUGACGACUUCAGCACAACUGAGCUCGCACAAAUCCUUCAUCUCAAAAUGAAUAACCAAGAUCAAAACAGUUCCCUCUAUGGAUUCAAGCUACAUCCAUCCUGCAGCAUCCCCGCCAUUGCAGAGUUGAUCGAUAGCGAGAUGACUGAGAAACAAAGGAGAGAGAUGAACGGAGGACUCAUAGAUCCACUGCUCGCAAAUGCCCGUGAAAGUUUGGAUCUUCGACUUGAUUUUGAUUGCACUGACACUGAUGGGUUGGUGACGCUAACAAUGGAGGACCUGAGACUUGGUCUUCGACUCUUCGCUCGCUGAUGGUUCUUCUUGGUAGCUUAGAAAUAUUUCAUUUUUUUGUAGCCAGAUUGAUUACCUACAAUGUGUCAAAUUGAGAUUAUUUUGUCGAACAUAAUUUGUUGAAUUGCGUACUGCUUACUCGGUAGGGAAUGGCUCGAAAUAUGUGAAACUCAUGAUGUAAUUUGUAAAUGAGUUUUGAUUCUCCAAGGAGAAAAUCAUUACAAUAAAAUAAUUAUUGUUUCUUCUUAA